AUGUGGCUCCUCAUCCUCCUGGCCUGGCUGGCCCUGUGGGUCGGCGGCUCCUACUGGUACCUGUUUGGGAAGAAGAGCCCCUUCUCCCUGGAGUCGGUCAGGCCUCCCGGGCCGCGAGAGUUCGACCAGAAGAAGAGAGACAAGGUCAUCAAGCAAGGCUUCAGUCCCGAUAAGGUUCCUCAGAACCUGGACGUCAUCGUGGUCGGCAGCGGCAUCGGGGGCCUGACGGCCGCCGCCACUCUGGCCAAAGCCGGGAAGAAGGUGUUGGUGCUGGAGCAGCACGACCAGGCCGGAGGCUGCUGCCACACCUACAUCGAGAAGGGCUUUGAGUUCGAUGUCGGGCUCCACUACAUCGGCCAGCUCCAUGAGAACAGCCUGCUGCGCAUCGCCUUCGACCAGAUCUCCGAGGGCCAGCUGGAGUUCCAGGAGCUCCACCAACACUUCGACACCAUCCAGAUCGGCCUGGGCGACGAGAAGAGAGAGUACACCAUCUUCUCCGGCAAGACGGAGAUGAAGGCCCACCUCAUGAAGCAGUUCCCCGAAGACACCGAGGCCAUCGAGACCUUCUUCCACAUCAUGAAGGUUUCAGCGAAGAAGACUCACUACCUGGCCACGCUGAAGCUGAUCCCUCAGUGGGUGUCCCUGUUCCUGCUCAAGUCGGGCAUUGCCAACCUGGUCUCUCCUGUCUUCCGCCUUUCCGGCACGUGUGCAACAGAGCUGGUGAACACUCUGACCAGCAACAAGGACCUGCAGGUCAUCUUCUCCUACCUUUUCUAUGGCGUUCCUCCAAAGGAGUCCAGCGUGCUGAUCAACGCCCUCCUGGUUCACCACUACAAACGAGGCGCCUACUACCCUAAAGGCGGUGCCAGCGAGAUCGCCUUCCACAUCAUCCGCACCAUCCAGAAGUACGGGGGAAACUGCCUGGUGAGGGCCCCCGUGUCCCAGAUCCUGGUGAACGACAAGGGAGCCGCUUACGGCGUGAAGGUGAGAAAGGGUCAAGAGGAGGUGGAGGUUCAUGCGCCGGUGGUCGUCUCCAACUGUGGCAUCUUCACCACCUUCCAGAAGCUUCUUCCCCCGGAGAUUCAGGUCAAACAGGACGUGCAGGAGAGACUGAACAUGAUGAAGCACGGCAGGGGGUCUUUCUUAGUCUUCUCCGGGUUUGACGGCACUGAAGAAGAGCUGGGCCUCGUGUCCACAAACUUCUGGCUGUUCAAGAACAACGACAUGGACAAGUCAAUGGACGACUUCUUUGCGCUGAGUAAAGAGGACGCACCUGACAACAUCCCCAUGAUGUUCAUCACAAUCCCGUCCUCCAAAGACCCCGAGGCCAAACUGAGACACCCUGGGAAAUGCUGCAUGACAAUUCUGACAAUGGUGAAAUACGAGUGGUUUGAGGAGUGGAAGGACACCAGCGUGCGCAAGAGAGGCGACGAAUACUACAACUACAAGAUGAGAUUCGCCAAGAACCUCUUUGACUGGGCCUGCACUCUGUUCCCCAAAAUCAAAGACAAGUUGGUUUUCCAGGACGUUGCGACCCCGCUGACCAACAUGCACUACCUGGGCGCCCAGCGCGGAGCCAUGUACUCCGCCGAGCACAACCUGGAGCGCUUCCAGGCCGAGGCAGUGGCCAGGAACAGGUGCAACACCCCCAUCAAAAACCUCUACAUCUCAGGCCAGGACGUGUUCAGCUGUGGGAUAGCGGGAGCGCUGCACGGUGGCCUCCUCUGCGCCUCCACCGUGUUGGACCACAUCGUCUACAUCGACUUGCUCCUCCUCAAGAAGAAGCUGAAGAGGAGGAAGGCCAAAGAGCUGGCAGAGCAGGCCAAGAAGAAGCUGCAGUGA